AUCCAAUAUGGCGGUGACGCUUACGUGGUGACGCUUACGCUCUGCAGCGCCCUACAUAUUCAGGUCUGUGGCCCCAACAUAAAAUGCGGAAGUCAAACACGAAACUUCAAGUUCCAUACUCAGCAACAGCAGAGAACUUUGUGUGAAACCUGAUUUCAUUUUCUGAUCAAAUAAACUGAAACUAUGUGGCCAAAUCAAGGCCCUCCUCCAGUCCAACACAACCCUGCCUUCCCUCCCCCUUACAAUUCCAUAAACCCGGCUGUUCCUCCACCAGGGACUGUCCUACCGGCACCAAAUUCUGUGUACUACCCAGCUGUGGGGCCAUAUGCAACUCCAGGGGGGGUGGCCUAUGUAACUCCUGUACCCAAUACUUAUCCUAUGGCUCCAGGUGUAUAUCCAGUGGCCCCCCCUGGAGGUGUUUAUCCUGGUCCUUAUCCACAUUCACCCAAAGGGGGUCACAACAAAGGUCACCACAAAGGCCAGCACAAAGAUCAGCACAAAGAUCAUCAUGGUGGGUUGCUUCCCUUGGCUGGAGGUUUAGCUGGAGGAAUGGGGCUUGGAAUGGCAUUGGGUGAACACAAAGCUCAUAAGAAGAUGAAGAAGCUGAAGAAAGCUCACAAGCAUGGACACCACAAACAUGGCAAGUCAUCCAGCAGCAGCAGUGGCAGCAGUGAUUCUGACUGAGACCCUUUUGGCUCAACAACACCCUGCAGAAUGCAAAAUGCUUAAAAUACCUUGUCACUUUUAGUUGCAGUAUUUUAAGGUUUAUUUAUGACACUAAAAAGCCUCAGUUUGUAGUUAUUCUGUUUUGCAACAUUUCUUUUCUCAGUUUAUUUCACAGGAGUGAUGUAUGUGAUCCUAUUUUAUUCUCUAAAUGUCUUAACUUUGUGCUUACAACUAAAUGUGUCUGCAAAACAGUUAUUCUGCUUUGCUCUGAAACUGUUCUAUGCAAAUACUCUAAAAUGUACUGAUAAAAGUAGAAAAUCUUUUAACCUGUGCAAUAAAGUGAAUCCAAAUAAAGGCAAUACUGUGUUUUA